GCGUUGCACUUGCAGAGCGCCAUGGCCAAGUUCUCAAACGGCUGCGUGGUCGUCGUCGCCCUGAUCUGUUUCCUCGCGAUGAUUUCGCGUACUGCGAACGGGCAGCUCUCCUCCACGUUCUACAGCAGUACGUGCCCUAAUCUGCAGAGCAUCGUCCGGUCGGCCAUGACGCAGGCCGUCAACAGAGAGAAGAGGAUCGGAGCAUCCAUCCUCCGCCUCUUCUUCCAUGACUGCUUUGUCAAUGGCUGUGACGGCUCGAUUCUGUUGGACGACACGUCGAGUUUCACCGGAGAGAAGACCGCCGGCCCAAAUAACAACUCUGUCCGUGGCUUCGACGUCAUCGACACAAUCAAAACCAACGUCGAAUCCGCCUGCCCUUCCACUGUCUCCUGCGCUGACAUUCUUGCUCUUGCUGCCCGAGACAGCGUAGUCUUGCUUGGGGGACCGACAUGGACGGUUCCUUUGGGGCGGCGCGACGCCACCACCGCCAGCUUGAGCACCGCCAACAGCGACCUCCCCAGCCCGGCCUCCAGCCUGGCCCAGCUCAUCUCCGCCUUCUCUAACAAGGGCCUCAACUCCCGCGACUUGACGGCGCUAUCGGGCGGGCACACCAUCGGCCAGUCCCGCUGCGUCAACUUCCGGGCCCACAUCUACAACGACGCCAACAUCGACUCCGCCUUCGCCACCAGCCGCCAGGCCAACUGCCCGUCGGCCUCGGGCAGCGGCGACGACAACUUGGCCCCGCUGGAUCUCCAGACGCUGGUGGUGUUCGACAACGACUACUACAAGAAUCUGGUGGUGCGAAGGGGCCUCCUCCACUCGGAUCAGGAGCUCUUCAACAACGGGUCGCAGGACUCGCUGGUGCGGCAGUACAGGAACAACAACGCGGCCUUCUCCAGGGACUUCACGGCGGCCAUGAUCAAGAUGGGCAACAUCAGCCCGCUCACUGAAACAAGCGGAGAGAUUCGUGUCAAUUGCAGAAAAGUCAACGGUUAAAUAAAUAAGCUAUAUAUAUAGGCCAUGCAUGCGCCUUCUACACGUAAUAAAUUUGCGAGUCUCGAGCAUGCAUGUUGCAUGUAAGCUUAUUAUAAAUCAACUAAGUCAAACUAGUGCUGCAAUGAAUGAAUAAGUAGUUCCUAGAAAAAUCUAGUGAUUAAUGUCUUUGUCUUUCUCACUCCAACUGUCACUCUUAUAAUCCACAUGAACAUCCAAUCUACUACUUUAUCGAGUUGGUAUUA